GGAAUUCUUAUCUCGGACUCCCGAACGGCACCACCAGCAUCGCUUCAUCACCUCGUUCUUUCCCUCAUCUCUAGUGCUUUGACCCAUAAUGCCUGGCCGUCUUGAACACAAAGUCGCUCUCAUCACCGGUGCCGGAUCAGGCAUCGGGCUGGAAUCAGCUAUUCUUUUCGCCCAAGAAGGUGCCAGUGUUCUCAUGACGGACAUCAAUCUCAAAGCCGCCGAGAAAGGUGCUGCAUUGAUCGCGACCAAGAUUCCCAACGCCAAGGUUGUAACACUCAGAACCGAUGUUGGCAAGGAGGAGGACAUUAAAGCUGCCGUCGACAAGGCUGUGAAGGAGUUUGGUCGUCUGGAUGUGAUGUUCAACAAUGCUGGAAUCAUGCAUCCGGCUGAUGAUAAUGCCUUGAAUACGGAAGAGAGAAUAUGGGACUUGACGAUGCAAAUUAACCUUAAGGGCGUCUGGUGGGGAUGCAAAUACGCCAUUCUAGCCAUGCGCGAGAACCCAACAGAUGCGUCCAAAGGCCUACACACAGGAGGCAGUAUCAUCAAUACGGCAAGUUUUGUCGCACUAAUGGGGGCUGCAACUCCGCAAUUAGCAUACACGGCAUCUAAGGGCGGUGUUUUGGCCAUGACCAGGGAACUGGCCAUGGUUCAUGCUCGUGAAGGUAUCCGAGUGAAUUCCAUUUGCCCAGGACCUCUCAAAACCCCCCUGCUUAUGGACUUCCUCAAUACCGCAGAAAAGCGGGAUCGUCGCAUGGUGCAUCUUCCUAUGGGUCGGUUCGGAGAGGCCAUUGAGGUUGCAAAAGGAGCGCUGUUCCUGGCCAGCGAUGACAGCAGUUAUAUGACGGGAACGGAUUUCAAGGUCGACGGAGGCUUGACCUCUGCAUACGUGACACCUCUAGGAGAGCAGAUUCUGCCACCCCCAACAAGCCUGACAAAGUAAGCUGAGGACCGGUGACAUGUUUGCCGGUGUAAUAGCGAGAGCGUUAGACAAAGUGAUGAGUCACUAUGAACUGUAACAAACAUGCCGAAAUAAGUAGAUCCAGAUUCAAGAGAAAGAAAUCCUGUUAGUGGUACAGACCCACAACUUGGUCACUUAUUUUGGCUACUCUUGGCUGUUGCACGCUUCUUGGCAGCUUCCUCCUUCCUAAUC